AUGUCAGAAUUCUUAGGAUCUCGCAUCUCCCUCAUCUCCAAGAGCGACAUUCGAUAUGUCGGCGUUCUUCACGAGAUCAACUCGGACGAGUCCACCGUCUCGCUCGAGAAUGUUCGCUCUUUCGGAACCGAGGGUCGAAGGAACAGACCCGAAGAAGAGAUAGCACCUUCCGACCAGGUUUAUGACUACAUCAUUUUCCGUGGCAGCGAUGUAAAGGACUUGAGGAUCGAAGACCACCCAGGCAUCAAGGAGAACAAGCCUCCUGCUAUGCCUGAGGACCCUGCCAUCGUCAACGCUCGUCCUCGUCCCGGUCAGGGACCUAACAAUCAGCCGCUUCCCGCGCCUGGCUUCGGUCAGCCUCCGUUCCAGAACAACUUCUACCCUCCACCUGGCCCAUGGGGUCCUGCCCCUGGUCCUGGCCGCGGUGGUCCAGUUCCUGGCGCUGGGAUGGGCGGCAUGCCCUACCCCCCUCCGCCAGGAUGGUUCCCUCCCGGUCCCCCGGGCCAAGGCUUCCCUCCCGGCCCUGAACAGUGGAACAACUACAACAACUACCCUCCCGGCCCCCGUGGACCUGCAGGUCCUGGCGGACCUCACGGCCCUGGUGGUUUACCUGGUCAGGCUCCCGAGAACCAUGGCACGCCCGGUCCCCAAGAUGGAAAGCCUGUGCCGAUUGGCGCUGCUGGUGACAAGCAGAAGCCCGCCACCCCGGCCGCCCCUCAAGGCGCACCAAGCGAACCGAAGACGGCACCUCCGCCUGGGUUCCAGGCACCCGCCCCGACACCACCUGUCGACUCGAAGCCUUCUGUGGCAGAGGUCAAGGCGACUGCUGCAUCUCUGAACGCAGCUGGCCCCGCUAAGCCUGUCGAGCUUCCUGUGCCCACGGGACCGAAGAAUGUCGGUCGCGUCCAGCCUGUUAUUCCUCUGGCUGGCUCCAUGCCCAAGGCCUUCCCGGUGCCUAUGAACGAUGGCAACGCUGCGCAAUCUGCUCCCAAGGCUGCCGCGGCUCCCACCGCUGCUUCUGUGCGCGAUGCGACCGAGGCAGCCAAGGCCGCUGUCGCUUUGGCUAUGGCGAACAUGAACGCUGGCAAUGUUGCAGUUCCGGCUGUACCCCAGGGCAACGGCAAUGCGAUGGACAACUUGACUAAGAAGGUCAACGAAAUGAGGGUCAAUGCUGCCCGAACAACUCAGCCAGGAGGAGGCCGAGGCCGAGGUCGUGGCGGCCGCCAAGGUCAGGCCCAAGGCCAGGGCCAGGCCAAGGUUGACGUCCCAGAUGCGGACUUUGACUUCGCUGGAGCCAAUGCGAAGUUUAACAAGGACGAUCUGGUGAAGGAAGCGAUUGCAGGAUCGCCUCUGAACGAGACCCCUACCAACGGACCCGCAGCCGAAAUCCCUGCCCCCGAGGUCCCAGGCACAAACCCGCCGAUUGCCUAUAACAAGACCCGAUCAUUCUUCGACAACAUCUCCAGCGAGGCUAAAGAUCGGGCAGACAACAACGGUCAGAAGCCCGGCGGCCGCGAAUGGCGCGGUGAGGAACAGCGCAAGAACAUGGAGACUUUCGGACAAGGUAGUGUCGAUGGCGGAUACAGGGGCUACCGGGGCAGAGGUCGUGGCCGCGGCCGUGGCUUCAAUGGUGGUCGUGGUGGAAGAGGCAGCUACCGUGGUCGUGGUGGCCAAGUUGCCCCGUCUCCGGCCGCGAACUAG